AGGCGUGGGUCGCAGGAGGGCCUGGAGGAAAGAGCCCGGAGCCUCACCGCCCACCGCCAUCGGGGAGGUUGCCCACCGCCAUGAGGGAGGUCUGGCAAGGCAGGGGCCCACCCAGCACUCGCUGCCCCCAGCAGAGCGGGCUCCGGCAGGCCAUGGUUCAAGCACAGUGGCGCUGGGACCUGGGCCCAGAGAGGGCAGGGCUGGCCGGGGGAGGGGGGACAGAAGACCCUCCCCCCGCCCAGGGGGCUCCUGGCUUCAGGAAGGGGCAGCAACACAGAAGGAGCCGAGAGCCUCCCCGGGCCAGGGGGGCAGACCCACCUCCUCCUCCUCCGGCCCGUGUCUCGCUCCUCUCCCCCUCUGUCUGUCUCGGUGCAGUGUGUCUCUCCCACCAGGAAGAGGGGGUGGGCUGGGGGCGGGGCCCUCCGCCCGCCCGGGACAGCUUCCUCUCCUCUCCUGCGGCAGUGGAGGCUGUGAGCGGCAUGCCGGCGGGCGGGCGCCCUGGGCAUGGGGACCCCGCGGGCGCUGUGGCCACUCGUCUGGGCUGUGCUGCAGCUGGGCUGCUGGCCAGGAUGGCUCCUAGAGGCCUCCAGCAGGCCCUGGAGCGCCCUCACCUUCUCUCCCGCCCGGCUGGUCGUGCCCGAGGGAGCGAAUGCCACCUUCACCUGCAGCUUCUCCAGUAAGCCGGAGCGCUUCGUCCUCAACUGGUACCGCAAGAGCCCCAGCAACCAGAUGGACAAACUGGCCGCCUUCCCUGAGGACCGCAGCCAGCCCAGCCGAGACCGGCGCUUCCGCGUCACGCCGCUGCCCAAUGGGCAAGAGUUCCACAUGAGCAUCGUGGCCGCCCAGCGCAAUGACAGCGGCGUGUACUUCUGCGGGGCCAUCUACCUGCCACCCCGGACGCAGAUCAACGAGAGCCACAGCGCAGAGCUCGUGGUGACAGAGGCGGUCCUGGAGCCGCCCACGGAGCCCCCCAGCCCCCAGCCCAGGCCUGAGGGCCAGAUGCAGAGCCUGGUCAUCGGCGUCACAAGCGUUCUUCUGGGGGUCCUGCUGCUGCUGCCGCUGAUCUGGGUCCUGGCUGCGGUCUUCCUCAGGGCCACUCGAGGGGGCUGCGCCCGCAGGAGCCAAGACCAGCCUCCGGAGGGCUCCCCCUCUGUGCCGGCUGUCACAGUGGACUACGGGGAGCUGGACUUCCAGUGGCGGGAGAAGACCCCGGAACCCGCGGCUCCCUGUGUGCCGGAGCAGACAGAGUACGCCACCAUCGUCUUCCCAGGCCGCAGGGCGUCCGCCGACAGCCCGCAGGGGCCCUGGCCACUGAGGACCGAGGAUGGACACUGCUCCUGGCCCCUCUGACUGGCUUCACAGGCUGGGCAGAGUCCUUCAGACCCUCCGCCCAGAGCCAGGGCUGACCGCGUUCCCUGGAGAGGCAUGCGGUGGAGAGAUGGGUGGGCCACCGAGGGCUUGAGGCCAGCCCACAGGGGACCUCCCGGCACCUGCCAGCGCCUGCCAGCCCUGCCUGGCUCCCGUUUCAAGGCUUGCAGCAAUCCGGGGGCAGGAAGCAUCAUUGUCCCUAAGGGCAAGGGAGGGAGCCUCGCCCAGGACCCCGGGCCCAGCCCUGGACUGAGCUGCCUGGAGCCACCCUUAUACACACCCACUGCCUCCCAAGGGAGCCUGGGGCCUGGAGACUGUGCCGUGGAGCAGGCCGGUAGACCCAGCACUCGGGUCCCUCGAGGGGCGCAUGGGGACGUGCACGAGGUCAGGGUUCCCCAUGGCCUCUGGCCCCCCCCAGGCCCGGAGAGAGCCAGGACAGCAGUGGGCCCUCUGCCUGCAAACACACCAGGCCUUCGUGCAGCCCAGGAAACAGGCAAAGGAGGGAGCUGGCAGAGCUGCAGUCCGCCGCUGAAACUCUCCUGGGGGCGCAGGGUCUCCAUGCAUCUGCAUGUCUCCUGGAUUCCCAUUCACGGUGCUACUCAGAGGGGUAUCAGCCAGGCUCCCCCCAGGGUGCUGGGCAGGUCCCCUCCCGAGGCCUGCACACGCACUCCGGCCAUGUGGCUAGGGUCAGCUCGGCCUGGGUGGGGGGCAUGUAUCCCAUGCAGGGGUCCACACGCCCUGCCCUACUCUGUUACACUGUAAUUAAAGAGUGAGAACACUCCA